AUGGCCAGUGAAGAUCUGUUUGCCAGUGAAGAUUUUUCCGAAGAAAUCAUAUCACAAUUAGAACAAGAUUAUGUACAAGAGGCAGAUAUUGUGGAACAAGAUGAUGGCGGGAAAGACAAUGAUGAGACUGUGAUGGAAGAGGAAACUGGCCCGGGAGAUGAUGAAAGUGUGCCGGCCACAACAACAGCAACAGAUGAAACACAAUCCAACAAAUCAAAGACAAAUGUCUCAGCAGCGGCAUCUGAAGCCCGCCUUUUUCAAUUGCCUUUGACGAGAGUGCGAAAUAUCAUGAAAUUGGACCCAGACUUACACAUUGCCUCCAAUGAGGCUGUAUUUUUGGUAACACGAGCCACUGAGUUGUUUAUACAAUCCCUGGGCGUGGAAUCGUAUACAUUUACCGCCCAGGCCAAAAAGAAAACUGUACAAAAACGUGAUGUAGAUUUGGCCAUAGCCGCCGUGGAUAGUCUUAUGUUUUUGGAUGGAGCAAUGACAUUUUAA